GAUGUUAAAUAUGUUUGUGAACAAAAAAUUAAAGAUAUAUAGUUACACACAUAAAAGCAAAACAUUUCGAUCUCUUACAAGUCUUCUUCGCAAGAUAAUAAUAUAAUAAAUGUAUGAGAGACUAUCGCGAUAAGAGAGAUAAGAGUAACACAAAGUAAAACCUUUCUUCUUCAUCUCCUAUAUAUAUUAAUUCCGGAGAGUGCACUCUUUGUGUUUUUUUUAUUUGUUAUUAUUCCCCGUUAAUAUGUAAUCUAAUCCUUCUGAGUCGUUCAGAAUGCAAGGUAGAAUCGAACAAUGCUUAACAACACAAAUAGUCAAAUAUUGUUCAGUUUUAUUAACUUGCUGCAUUUAAUUUAUCGCAAUAAAGAAAGUUAAGUGCGUCUUCGAAGUACGGUUUGCGGAAUGUAUCCCUCUCAGGUGAGUGAGAAUUUUGAAAGAACCGCCGUGAGUCGAAGCUCGAGCUAUCGAUCGACCGGAAGUCUCGCUCGACCUGAAUCACCGUACAUAUACGGGAUGCUCGACCGACUCGUCCUUUUCCGGUGCAGCGUGGCAGCGAGCGUAUAGGUAAUAUUUUUCGUCUUUCCAUUCUCACCACAUUACGCUAGUUUCAUCUGUAGCAAGACGGCGUGUUAGCUUUCCACUGGAACGGGCGUAGCCAGUCGUUCAGUCGACAUUGUUUUCCCGGCGUCGCAACACGCAAACUGCGCGAAAUCUGGUGGAAGUAGCGACCCGGGCAUCGAUCCGUCCCGAUAUCUAAUGGAAAACCGCUUACUGUGCUCCGUUCUUCCCGUCUUCGCUUGCGCACUUUGCGUGGAGACGUUGCCUCUUAGCGUUCUUAGAGAGACGGCCGCUUCACAUCCGACAUUGCUGACGUUUGUGUUUCCCAUCUGCGUGACGAGGAAAGUGCUAGAAUUAAACGCUCGAGUUCCUGAGCCUUGAAAAAAUUCAUUAUACCAUGUGGUAUGUAUCGAUUUCACUUUGAAACGCGUUUCAAAAUCGUUUCUCUCGGAUGAUUUUCGUUCGUUCGUAUUCCAAAAUGGCGAGAAGUUUCGAGAAAAGACGUGAGAUAUAUAUAUAUAUAUACAUAUGUAUGUUGUAUUGUUUCCAGUAUGAUUCGAAUUAAUUCGACGAGAUUUAUUUUUUUUGCCGUUAUCGCGAUCGUAUUGUGGCAAUUAUCAUGGCGAUUUUCCCCUUCGCGAGUAGCUAAAAUCGUUUUAUUCUAAUCCGGGAUUUCCGUCGUUCGUUUCGUAAGUGAAACUCACGAGAAAAUCGAUAACGCGCAAAUCUCUACGCGCGAUAUGUCGUACGCGAAAUCGAGAUGGAUUUCACACACAAGUGACUUGGCAAUUUUUCUAUUCACGCUUUUUUUCACGUUAAAUUAUAUACACGUUCUUACUCAGAUUAUCUCGGUCCUGUCUUAAAAAAAAUUUGCUUUUUUUUACCACCUAAAUUGCAAAGUGUAAAAAUCUGUGGUUGAAAUGUCAAAAUUUAAGUCGAUAUAGCAAAAGUGCUUUGUCAUGGUCGAGAAAUUUUCUCGAACAUUUGUGUCGACGCCAUUUUGAGCAACUCCCGGAAACUGCGCAUGUAAAGUACGCGAGUAUGUGUGUACGUAUUCGAAAAAGAACGCUACGCCACGCAUUGUGGGUAGAAUUGCUUACACACGGGUGCUCAAAAUGGCUGUCUGACGAACGUUGUCCGUGUCGUCGUUGUUCGCGCUUCGAUAUCGAUUUGUCCGACCUAGAAGAAUUGCGAGUGUCCGAAAUCGUCGAAUCGGUGUGAAAAAAUUGCAUGACCAAUUUUCUCGGCAGAGUUUUUCUUUCAGUUUUAACAAUUUCAUUACUUUACAGUUGCUUCUUGGCGAUAAUUACGUUUUUUCUUUUUUUUUUUUUAAUGAUCGUCUUUCCGGUACGCGCACGCGUACGUAAGCGUUGCUUUAAAGAACCAGUCGACACGAGCGCCAUAUUGUCAUUUCCGGCGAUUUUGCGCCGGCGCAAUUACCGGUUCUCGCGUUGGGAUAGCGCGCGAUUGGUCGGCAGAGCGUUGGGACGGGGGGCGAGAGACGAGAUGGCGCUUGCGUAGUGGGAUGGACAACGAAAGCGAGACGCAGGGGGGACGAAGUUGGAGCAAGACGAGUCCACAAAAUGGCGGCGUAGCUCUUAAGUUCGUGUCCAUAUAGUACGUGAUACUUUGAUAGUUUCGCACGAUGUCGCACCUACGGCAUCAAUAGUGAUUCAAUAACGCGGACACGUGUGUGUGCGAUCGUAUUUCGAUUGAAUUGGUGGGAUUUUACGCGUUACGGCACGUAAUAGUUAGGAUCAUCGUUGCGACGCGUACACGGAGCCAUGCAGCAAACAUUAGAAUCUGAUAAAGAAUCGAGAUCCGGCAAGGAAACCGGAUCGGAUUCUGAAAAUGAUAGCAAGAGUGAUAGCUCUUCUUCCGAGAGCAACAGCGGCUCAGGUUCUGAAUCGGAAAGUGACUCUAGCUCGUCGAGCGGUUCCGGUUCCGGUUCCGAGUCAGGUUCCGAUUCAGGAAAGUCAGAGAAGUCGGAUGCACCUAGCGCACAAAGUGAUAGCUUCCAAAGCAAAAGCUCGAAUCACAGCACAGAAACAAAGCUUAGAAGUAAACACGAGACUAAUCGCGAAUGGGAAGAGAAUCCUGAUAUAUACGGCAUUCGAAGAUCGGGGCGUUCCAGGAAGGAGCCUGAUAGGCUCACCACAAGCGAUAGCGAUAGUCGCAAGACAUUUAAAAAGAAAAGUUCACGCAAUUCGUGGAAUUCAGAAAGUUCAGAUUCAGAAUCCGAUGAAACCGAGAAUCGGAGGCCCCCACCUAGCAAGUCGCUGAACAAACGUGCUGCGCAAAAUGCUAAAGAGAAAGCUAGAGCGCGGAAAAAGCGUAUCUCCGAAUCUUCUGAAAAUUCUUCCUUUGAAAGCGAUGACAAUAAAAGGUAUAUACAAGUUACGAGACGAACAGGCGCGGCCGUUAGUUAUAAAGAGGAAAGCGAAGAAAAUACGGACAGUGAUGAUUUGGUCGAGAUUGACGACCCAAACGCUGUAUCGACAGAACCUGAUAAUGCGGAAACUAUUGAACAAAUUCUGGGACAGAGGGUGGGCAAGAAAGGAGUUACCGGUAACGUGACGACUAUCUAUGCCGUCGAGGAAAACGGCGAUCCCAAUCCGAAGGAUCUCAGUAAUGUAGAAACUGAAAUACAAUAUUUGAUCAAAUGGAAAGGUUGGUCUCACAUACACAACACGUGGGAGUCAGAAGAAUCCUUGAAAGCACAAAAAGUGAAAGGAAUGAAAAAGUUGGAUAACUUUAUCAAGCGCGAGCGCAAGUUCGAGCAGAUGAGAGAAUACGCAGAACCAGAAGAUUUAGACUACUUGGAGUGUCAAUUGGAGCUCAAGCAAGAUCUUUUGAAAAGUUACAACAAUGUUGAAAGGAUCAUUGCUGAGUAUCAAAAACCGGAGGCGGAACAUCCCGACUAUUAUUGUAAGUGGGAAAAUCUAUCAUAUGCCGAAGCCACUUGGGAGGACGGAGCUCUAAUCGUGAAAAAAUGGCCGACAAAGAUAAAAGAGUUUCGCGACAGAGAAGACUCCAAAAGAACACCUAGCAAACAUUGUAAGGUUCUUAAAACUAGACCCAAAUUUCAUCAUGUGAAAACACAACCGAGCUACAUGGGCAAAGAAAGAGACUUAGUGCUAAGAGAUUAUCAAAUGGACGGACUUAAUUGGAUGAUUCUCUCUUGGUGCAAGGAAAAUAGUGUUAUAUUAGCCGACGAGAUGGGUCUCGGCAAAACAAUCCAAACGAUAUGCUUCCUUUAUUACUUGUUUUACACGCAACAACUUCACGGUCCAUUUUUAUUAGUAGUUCCACUAUCGACUAUGACUUCCUGGCAAAGAGAAAUGUCCCAGUGGGCUCCUGACAUGAAUUUUGUUACUUAUUUAGGCGAUGUCAAUUCGCGUAAUAUUAUUAGAGAAUAUGAAUGGUGCUACAGAGGAUCAAAGAGACUAAAGUUCAACGCCAUACUUACAACGUAUGAGAUCGUACUUAAAGACAAAGCAUUUUUGGGUGCUUUAAAUUGGGCGGUUUUGUUGGUGGACGAGGCGCACAGAUUGAAGAACGACGAUUCACUUCUGUACAAAGCGCUCAGCGAGUUCAACACCAAUCAUCGUUUAUUGAUUACCGGUACUCCGUUACAAAACAGCUUGAAAGAAUUAUGGGCUUUAUUACAUUUCAUUAUGCCUGCAAAAUUCGAUCAUUACAGAUUCGAUUCGUGGCAAGAAUUCGAAAAGGAACACGACAAUACCUCCUCGAAAGGAUACUCCAAGUUGCACAAACAAUUGGAGCCGUUUAUCCUACGUCGAGUAAAGAAGGACGUCGAGAAAUCGUUGCCCGCUAAAGUUGAGCAAAUCCUGCGAGUGGAAAUGACAUCCUUGCAGAAGCAAUACUACAAGUGGAUACUGACCAAGAAUUAUGAAGCGUUGCGAAAAGGCGUGAAAGGAUCUACCAUGACAUUCCUGAACAUCGUUAUCGAAUUGAAAAAGUGUUGCAAUCACGCCUUUCUUACGAAACCUAACGAGGAGGAGAGGGACAAGGGUAACGAAGAUUAUUUGCAGCAAGUAAUUCGUGGAUCUGGUAAAUUAGUGCUUCUGGAUAAGUUAUUGGUGAGACUGCGCGACACAGGACACCGGGUGUUGAUAUUCAGUCAAAUGGUCAGGAUGUUGGACAUACUCGGCGAAUAUCUACAAAAGAGACACUUCCCAUUCCAAAGAUUAGACGGGAGUAUAAAGGGAGAGCUGAGGAAGCAGGCAUUGGAUCACUUCAAUGCCGAAGGUUCGCAGGACUUCUGUUUUCUGUUGUCGACGCGAGCUGGUGGCCUUGGUAUUAAUCUCGCUACCGCGGAUACUGUGAUAAUUUUCGAUUCCGAUUGGAAUCCGCAAAACGAUUUGCAGGCCCAGGCCAGAGCUCAUCGAAUAGGACAGAAAAAUAAGGUCAAUAUUUAUCGACUGGUAACUAAAAAGUCGGUCGAGGAAGAAAUCGUGGAGCGUGCGAAGCAGAAAAUGGUUCUGGAUCAUUUAGUGAUACAGAGAAUGGACACAACCGGUCGGACAGUUUUGGAUAAGAAGAACGCGGGAUCCAAUAGUAAUCCGUUCAAUAAAGAAGACUUGACUGCUAUUUUGAAAUUUGGCGCAGAAGAUUUGUUUAAAGAUGAAGAAGGCGGAGAUGAGGAGCCAUCGUGUGAUAUUGACGAGAUACUAAGAAGAGCUGAAACAAGAGACGAGGGACCGACAACGGUUGGUGAUGAGUUGUUGUCUGCUUUUAAAGUUGCCAGUUUUAAAACAGCCGAGGAGGAUCUGGAACCUAUCAAUCAGCCGAACGAUAACGAUGACGAGAGCAAAGACUGGGCGGAAAUCAUACCAGAAAAUUUUCGGAAAAAGGUAGAAGAAGAAGAAAAAUCCAAAGAAAUGGAAGAUCUUUAUUUACCGCCGAGAAGUCGGAAAACUCUUCAACAAGCUAAUCAGAGUGAAGGGAAAAGUAAAAAACGUAGGAAAACAGAUGACAGUGAUGAAGAGGAUGAAGGUAGCGAUGCGGAUGGUAGCGAUGAUGAAAAACCCAAGAAGAGAGGUAGACCGAGAGUCACACCGCGCGAGAAUAUCAAAAGUUUCACCGACGCUGAGAUACGACGAUUUAUCAAAAGUUUCAAGAAAUUCCCAGCACCUUUGAAACGAUUAGACGAUAUCGCGACCGAUGCCGACCUGCAGGAGAAACCAAUGUCGGAUUUGCGUUUCUUGGGUGAACAACUUAAGUCGAGAUGCGACUCGUGCUUAGUGGAAUUCGAAAACACUACAAAGGAGAACAAGGUUAGCGAAGAGGAAGGCAAAGGGCCUGGUCGUAAGAGAGGAAAAGGGCCUACGUUUAAGGUAGGCGGCGUUAUGGUGAACGCCAAAUCUUUCUCGACUGCGGUUAAGGAACUUGAACCUUUGGAACAAGUUUUGCCGUCCGAUCCCGAACAACGUGCUAAUUGGCAUCUGGACAUCAAGUUAAAACCUGCGAAUUUUGAGUGCGAAUGGACUUCCGACGACGAUUCCAAGUUGUUGAGAGGUAUAUAUCAGCAUGGCAUGGGUUCGUGGGAAGCGAUACAAAUGGAUAGCAGUUUGGGACUCAGCAACAAGAUUUCGCCCAAUGGCAACAAGCAGCAGCUUAAACGCGUAAACGCACGCGCCGAGUAUCUACUGAAGAUCCUGAAAAAGCAAAUUGAUCUCAAAUUAGGAGUGACACGAAUGAGAAAGACGCGAAAACCGAAGGAAAAAGCAGCAAUUACUAAAGAGAUUGUGGAAGAUGACAGUUCUGGUGACGAAAAUAAGAAGCUGAAAUUCAAAGUUGAGAAGCCCACGGUUAAGAAAGAAGAAGACGUUGUUGCCAAAGAAGUGAAAGACGAAGAAGAUUUAUCCGACGAGAAGAAAACCGAUAAGAAAGUUAAAAAAGAGAAGAAAGAGAAGAAAGAAAAAGCAAAGAAGAAUAAGCAAGCUGCGGGUCCUAUGCACUUCACUGCAAAUAAUGAACCGAGGGCUCUUGACGUACUUGGCGAAUUGGAUCCUAAGAUAUUCGAUGAGUGUAAAGAAAAGAUGAGACCUGUAAAGAAGUCGUUGAAGGCACUAGGACAAACAGACGAGUCUUUGAGCAGAGAAGAACAACUCGGUCGCGCUCGUCGAUGCCUCUUGCAAAUCGGCAAUCACAUUAACAUGUGUUUAGAGGAGUACAAAGAUCCAGUGCAGAUCAGCGAAUGGAGAAGCAAUCUCUGGGAAUUCGCUUCCAAGUUCACAACGUUCAAAGCAAGGAAACUGUACAGAACAUACAAGAAUUUGAUAAAACAAGGUGGCAUCACUAAUGUCAGUGCCAUGACUAGUCCCGACAAGAAGGAGGAAGCGACAAAUUCCUCAAAGAAACACAAUGAGAAGUCGUCGUACGAUAACAAGCAUAUCGACAAGCAACACCAAGCGGACGGCAACAAUAAGGACAACAGAAUAACGAAACGUAAAUUGGACGAUAUCGAGGAGAACUCGAAUAGCAGUACGCAAAGUAAGAAACACCUCUCGAAUAUUUCCGCCGUCGGCAGCAAUAUCAGCGGCACGUCCGCGGUUACUAUUGGUGCUAUUACGAUUACUCCUAUAACGUCAACACCAAAUUCCACAUCAAGUACUACUAAUAGCGCAGACACGCCGCGACAUAAAGAACAAAAAGAGUCGAAGCAUAAAGAUAUGAAAAGGGAUAGAGAGCGAGAUAGGGAUAGAGAUAGGAUGCACAACGACAGGAAUGAUAGAAUAAGCGGUGGAAAAGACGACAGACUCAGGAGAGACGGCGGAUACACUAUGGCACAUUAUAGCGGCAGAGACGACGACCACUGGUUACCCAGAGACGGGGGGAGGGACAUGAGAGACAGCAGGUACGGGUCCCAUAGUUCACGAUUUGGAGAUCACAAACGUGAUCGCUUCGAGCCUUACAGUCGAAUGUCCAGUGGUUAUCAUAGAGACAGAGAUCGAGAACGAGAUCGUGGCAUGCACAUAAACGAAAAAAGGAGUGAAUAUUACCGAUAUUCAGGACCGCCAAGUUAUGGAUACGGUCCAAGUGGUGGUUACGGAAGUAGUAGCGGUGGCGGUGGCUAUCCUCCCACGGAUAUGACGCCAAGCGGUCAUUUUAGAGGACGAGGUUAUCCCGGAGAUAGCUACUCCAGCGAUUGGCGGCCGAAAGAAUACAGGCGGGACUACGACAGAAGACCACCACCGCCGAACGCCAAUUCCUAGUGCUUCUUUUUUCCUCACGGUUGUAUGUGCGAUACGUCAGGAUUUUGUAUAUAAUUUUACCGCAAGUGAGAGUCCUCGUGACAGCGUUAAUUAUAUACCUCCACGUGUGAAAAGUGCUGAACACACUAAACACGGUGUUUUUGUAACAUGCACCAUACCUGUGUAUCUAUGUAUAAAAAACAAAAAAACAAAAAAAACAAAAAAAAAACAAACGUAUUCCGAUACUUAACAUGCAGAUAACAAUAAAAAGAUGUUUGAGAGGUUUGUAAAAAAAACCUUAUGAAUAACUGAAUAACUAAAUCAUGAAAA